GGUACACUUUGCACAGUGCCUAUUGCCAAGAGCAGCUGCGCACCUUCUAUAAUCCCUGCAAUUGCACAUUAGCAGGUACUUCCUUGACCCAAGACAUCCGCCCACCACUAAAGUAUCUUCCAUCAUGGAGUCCACUGCUUGCGAAUUACAAAGCAUGAUCUAGGCAGACCUAGAGUUUUCCACCCGCUGACCAGAGGCAAAGUAAUUGAGCAUCGCAAUUAAAACAAAAUGCACUGGUUAUAAAUAUGCAAAGCUUCAACAUCAAGUCCAAACUCUACUCGAUUUAUUCGAGAUAAGCAGAUCGAGAAACAGCACUUCACUGUCGUAGUCAAGCAAGCGAUAAAGCCUGAUCCACUUAGCGGAAUUAACUCCGAUUUUUGCAACCUCAACAUUGAACUACACAACAAACGCUCCAAACCGAUAACCAUCGCAAACUCGGCAUCGACCUAUACCUCCGUAGCGCGAACGUAAUCUCAUACCAUGUCAAAACUCGUCCAUAUCACCUCGCCUGACGAGUUCUCCAAGCUCCUCUCGUCGACCAUGUACGUGGUGACGGACUUCUACGCAGACUGGUGCGGGCCCUGCAAGCAGAUUGCGCCGCUGUACGAGCAGAUGGCGAGCACAUUCUCGAUCCCCAACUACCUGGCCUUCGCCAAGGUCAACGUCGACCACGUGCAGCCCGUCGCGCAACAGUACAGGAUCACCGCUAUGCCGACCUUUAUGUUCUUCAAGAGCGGGAAACAAGUCGCAGUGAAUGGGUCUGCGGCAAUUCUCGGCGGUGAUGUGAGGAGUUUGCAAGGCGCGGCGGAGAAGUUGGGGAGGUUGGCCAAAGAGAAGAGAGAUGCGGGGGUGUGAAGAAAAGAUGCGAGGACAUGACACCUGAGGGAGAGGAGACAGCAGGCGGUGGAAGAGAAGAUCGUGUUCGAGGCUGGAUAUAGAGGGCCUGUAGGCACAAUGGACGGCCAUGGUCAUUGGCAGCUGUGGGGCCAACAGAUGAGCUCUGGAUUUCCUGAUGCCGCUGUGAAACGGUCCGUACCACCAAGAUAUCGGCACGCGACAGGUCCGACGGGGUGCAGGUAUGUUCUGGAUCUGUUCAUGCAGCGGAGAUGAGAACUAGAAGGGGAGAUUUCCAUCCUAAAGCUGCAUACCCGUUAUACCCUAACCAAGUUAAAAUAAUAAUAAUUCAACAACUCAUGCAACUCG